UUCCUGUCGAGACGCAACUCGAUCAGAAACGGAAAGACAAUCGACAUCUCAUGGUUCCGCCGUGGAAAAUGGCCUAUUCACCUAUAAAUGCCCAAUGAACUACUGUUUUUCGGGGUUGGACUUGAGAAGAUAGGCCUGCCUGAGCCAGGAGCCAGGAGCAUCGGGAGGUGGUUUCGCUUCUUCGAGGAGUGACGAGGGUGAAAAACAAUGCCACAUUUCCUGUGGCCAGAGCCGCUGUCAGCCGCACAACUCAAGCGGCUGGAGGAGCAUAAAUACAGCGCCUCUGGCCGAUCCCGAUUCGAGCCGCCGUGUCAGAUAUACUGGACCUGGCUGGUCCAGCAAAUUCCCACAUGGAUCGCACCAAACACCCUGACUAUUAUUGGACUGCUGGUCAAUGUACUCUCCACGGUAUUGCUUGUGUAUUACUGUCCCACGGCAACAGAGGAGGCUCCAGCGUGGGCCUUCAUCCUGAGUGCACUGGGCCUGUUCAUCUACCAGUCUCUGGAUGCCAUCGAUGGGAAACAGGCCCGGAGGACCAAUAGCAGCUCACCCCUCGGGGAGCUCUUCGACCACGGCUGUGAUGCCGUCUCCACAGUGUUUGUUGCUGUGGGAACCUGCAUAUCAUGUGGUAUAGGAAGAUACCCUAACUGGAUGUUCUUCUGUGGUUUCAUUGGAAUGUUUAUGUACUUCUGCGCCCACUGGCAGACCUACGUGUCCGGGACCCUCCGCUUUGGCCUGGUUGACGUGACAGAGGUGCAGUUUGCCAUCAUGAUCAUGUACAUCAUGUCUGCUUUUGGGGGUGUGAGCCUGUGGCAAACCACGUUGCCCAUCAUCGGGCUGAAGUUUUACGCCUUCCCCAUCAUGGGCAUCAUCGGGGGGGCCCUCUACUCCUGCUAUAACUACUUCUAUGUCAUUUUGAAUGGAGGUGUGGGCAAAAAUGGCUCCACCGUGGCUGACACCAGUGUGUUGACCCCUGGUCUGCACAUCGGCCUCAUCCUCACGCUGGCCUUCAUCAUUUUCAAGAAGUCGUCCAGCCAGUUGUUUGAGCAUCACCCUUGUCUCUACCUCCUCGCCUUCGGCAUGGUCAUCUCAAAGAUCUCCAACAAGCUGGUGAUAGCCCACAUGACAAAGAGUGAGCUGUACCUCCCAGAUACAGCCUUCAUAGGCCCUGGCCUCCUCUUCCUCAACCAGUACUUCAACAGCUUCGUCGACGAGCACAUAGUCCUCUGGAUCGCCAUGGUCCUCUCUCUACUGGACUUGACGCGAUAUUGUACGGGCGUGUGCCUCCAGAUCGCCUCUCAUCUCCGCAUCCGAGUCUUCAGCAUCACGCCGCCGAGCCACGCCCACCGUGACUGACGGCUUGCCCGGCGGGAGGUGGCGGAGGGAGAUCCAGAUCUCUCCCCGCUCCUGAAAGCAGACGACAGCGAGGAGAGACCCUCGACCUCGAGCCACUGCAGCCUUGACAAAGUGACCACCUCGGAAUAAACGCGUCUGUCCCACUAUGUGAAAGUUAUGAGAGGUAGAUGGAAUAAAAGCAACCAGGCCCUGAUGCAGGACACUACAAACCAAACGCACACGCACCCGGCUGUUAACUCACUGGAUGAGCAGAUUUGAAAAGCAUGGAUCGGAUGAGUGGAAAACCACUUCGCUCUUUGGCGUUUCUGCCGGGAUUCCUCGCUGGCGGUGGUUGUAGCCAAGCAGAUGCGUGUCAUCAAAGGAUCAAGUUUCGUUUUUUUUUACAUCAAAAGGGCACUCUUUCCAUUGUUUCCAUUUACGUCAAUGACCAAAAAAAGUUUUCUUCAGUGGGUAUCAUAUAGCUUGGGCAAAUAUCAAACCCAAUUUUUGUCUGUAAUCAGAUGAAUAGUUGCUCUUGCCACCAGGUUUCUGUGGCAAGAUUGUCCAAUAUUUAACACUAAAACAUGGAAAGUUAAUAAGUUAAAGGCUCGCUGACCUGGCUCUGUCUCCGCUUUUGAGUAGUCAUCAUGUUUUGAUAUGUGCCCAAACUAAAUGUAUCACCCAUUGAAUUUUUCUGAAUUGUGUCUGUUUUUAUUUAUUGUUAUGAAUGUGAUUUCAAUCUGAAAAGAAUCAGGGCUAGGAAAUACAAAAUAAGUGGAAUAAAAAUGAAAAAAUGAAUGACCUUUCCUUUGAAACCUCAAGUAAUUUCCAAUGAACUUUGUAAUGUGGACUGGCAGAUUUGUGAACGAGGUACGCUGUAUGGUGACGGGUGAGGGUCUGUGUUAAUGCUGAACGUGACGACAGGCUUUCUGUAGAACCAUCACACCCAGAAGUUGCAUUAACUUGUUGGUGUUUUUCUUCACGCACACUCAUCUCACUUUACAGGCUUGGUUUAAAUGAAGCCACUUCAACACAAGCCUUUACAGAAUGGUGUUGACUGAUGAUGCAUUAACACGAGACUCGUUCUGCUUUCUCUGUUCUUCUCCCUAAAGGGCUAAUAGUAAUUCUCCGAUUGUACAGAAUUAAACUGAAGGCGCCUUAAAUGUUUUUGUUUUAAUUUUUUUUUUUUUUAAACUUGUGAAUAUUUAAAGCAGCUGAUAAACAUGUUUUGUACUAUUUUUUUUCUGUAGACUGCAGAAAUCAAAUGAAUCAACAGUAUCGUGAUGACUGAAGUGUCAUUCAAGAUGCAAACACUAUAGCUAUAUGAUACAAAGCUACUGUUUUUUUAUUUUCACUGUUCACACUUGACAUAAUUAUCUUCAUUUAUACAAAUGUAUACCAUGUAUAGGUGAAUGUAUCAUUUGGUUCUUGAAAAAUUAUUUGUUGAAUUGUUGGUAAUUUGGUAAUUGUUGUAGUGUCUGACUGGGACUGGAAUGUGGCUCUUGUAUGAUCAUGUCGUGGUCAUUACUCCAGCCUCAUUAGGAUAGAAAGGGAUUUUGCUAUGGUGCAGGUUGACUAUUAAAGGCUAUCUAUUUAAGGGUAAGAAAUGUAUGAUUUUGUUAUUUGGAAAAAUAAAUGAAUAAUCCUGUCCCCUUCUGAAGGAUAAUGCAACUUGUUGAAGGGUAUGUCCUACAAGAUGAUGUUGCCUAAACAUUGAUGGACUUUGAAACUAUGCAUUGAAAGGUACGAGCUUGAUUUUAACAUCAUGUUGCACUGUUCGGUAAUACAGUAAAAUACCUUUCUACUAACAAAUACAUGAGUGGGAGAGAUUGUAAUAAAUAAAUAUUUUUCAUUCAU